CUUCCUUGGAUGAUGUACAGUUUACUAAAGAUCGGCUAUCCAACUCUUCUGAUGCCUCGGUCAAAGUCAACAGAAAUUCUAGUCAGGAAAUCAAUCUAGAAGACCUUGGAAUAUCAAUGUACCUUUCUCCUGGAGCGGUUCCACCUGAUGUUUCUUGUCAGAUCACCCUAACCAUCCUAAGAGACAAUCCUGGUAUCGAUAUCACUGAAGGAGAAUCAAUGGCCUGUUAUGGGAUCAAGUGUGACCCUCAACCUUUGAUCUUCAACCAGCCUGUUAAGAUCACUAUACCACACUCUUCUUUGGUCGUCAAUCCAGAGCAGGUGAAACCAGACAUCGUUUGUCGUGUGUGGGACUCAAUCAAGGAUCUACCGAAAACUCUAAGGAAGCAAUCAUCCAGCUCACCAGACAAACCACCAUACUGCAGACUGUACAAGAAACAUCUUGAGUUGUACAUUGGCCACUGUGCGGAGUGGUGGGUUCUGAUUCCUCUUGAACAACAGGUGAUCCGACAGCAACUUAUUUGUACUCCAUACGUCCCAUACAGGAUCGAAAGAGGAAAAGAGCUUGCAGUUAAUCUUCAGUUGUGUAACGACCUACCUGGAAACGAAGCGGCAACACAAGAGAAGUCGAGACAACAAUCUUACCAUAGAUGUCAUCGCUCGGUCCCUUUCAAUGUUGAAACAAAGGCUGGUGACGUCACAAUCACGUGCCAUCGUGAAGGAGGAGAAAUUGAGAGCCAGAUCGUUUCUCUUAGGGACCUUCUAGCCAAGAUAAGCCAAUGUAUAUCGAUAUACGUUCCACCCAGUGAAGGCGAUCUAAACUUUGCAGUGAUUACCAUAACAAUUACACAGGCCGGGAAGCUUGGGAUUUCACGAUCUAUUGCCUUUGUCAUCAGAUAUACAGAUGGACCUCUGUGCCAAUUUCUCUCCGAACAGACAGACUUCACUAGGACACUCCAAGAAGUAAAGAACAGUGACCUACAAUCGGACGUAGACUUUCUAACAAUAGCCCAGACAAUGGACGUAAAUCAGUUCUAUGAUAUGGGCAUAGCUCUUGGUUUCACCAUAGCCGAGUUGGAUCGGGUAGAGUACAGGAGAUUCCGAGAUAGGCAGAAAGCUACCUAUGACAUGCUACUGGCAUGGAGAGGGAGACAAGCAUCUACCCAAGCAGCAAAGAAUACCCUCAUCACAAUUAUAGAAUCAUUCAACUCAUCUUCAAAUGAUACAACUUUCCCAGAUAUUGACCCAACUGAAGAGAUUCCUGACUGCACGCUAUUACAAUUUUCCCGUCACAUUAACAAAGAGAAAUUCUAUGAGAUUGGCAAGCAACUGGGAUUUGACGAUUUAGAGUUACAGCACAUCGAGCAUCGUUCCCUGUACAAUAGGAAGGAUGCUAACAUUCAAAUGCUCUCGAUGUGGAAAGCAUCUCAAAUAUCAUCAGAUAAACCGGAUGAAAAACUGAAGAUGGUCUGGGAAUCUUUAAAUGAGGCUUCAAACGUGACGGACAUGAAUGGUAUUUAA